GCACAUUUCAUUCGAUUUUUGAUUUCGUCGUCGUCGAUUAACUUGGACUGCAUUUGAAGAGCUGUUUGUAGGCAGCACUAGUAGAAUAUGGCAAUAGGGAAAAAUAAACGUCUUUCAAAAAAGGGCAAGGGUUUGAAGAAGAGAUUGACAGAUCCCUUUCUCAGAAAGGAAUGGUACGACAUAAAGGCCCCAGCAAUGUUUUCUCAACGGCAAGUUGGCAAAACUUUGGUUACUAAGACGACAGGAACCAAAAUUGCUGCAGACUCCUUGAAAGGCAGAGUAUAUGAUGUUUGUCUAGCGGACCUCAGUAGUAACAAAGACGAGAGUUUGGCCUAUAGAAAAAUCAGAUUGCGUUGCGAGGAAGUAGAAGGAAGAAACUGCCUGACCAACUUUUAUGGAAUGGACUUUGCUCGAGAUAAACUUUGUGGUCUUAUUCGCAAGUGGCAGUCGCUUAUCGAAGCACACGUGGAUGUGAAGACCACCGACGGUUACUUACUACGGUUGUUUUGCAUUGGCUUUACGAAACGCCGAAAGGGUCAAGUAAAAAAGACGUGUUAUGCACAGACUUCCAAAAUUAGGGCCAUUAGAAAGAAGAUGACGGAGAUUAUGGUGCGAGAAGCAAGUUCUUGUGAACUGAAGGAAUUGGUUCACAAGUUUAUUCCAGAAACCAUUGGAAGUGAUAUUGAAAAGGCUUGUGCCUCUAUUUUUCCUUUACAAAAUGUUCAUAUCCGUAAGGUGAAAAUGUUAAGAGCUCCAAGGUUGGAUAUUGCCAAACUCAUGGAGCUUCAUACCGAAAGUGGAAUCGAAGAAGACGCAGGAAUGAAAGUUGAACGUCCUUUGGAAGAAACCACGGAAAGGACAGAAAUUCCCGGUUUGUGAUCCUUUUCUCGAAAGCUUUUUUUCAAACAUGCUUUAUAAAGACAUGGUCGUUUAUUGAGAGUGUAUGUUUUAUUUUUCUUAAGGUUCGCUUAGUUGGUUGGCAAUUUUUUGGUGCCAAGUUUUGUGUUUUCUUGUCGUUGCUUCAUCCUAAGGGUUCAACACA